AUGUUGAGAAUACGGACCGUCCUAUGGACUUUAUCUGUGGCGCUGUCCGUUGUCGCUGGAGCAGAUUUUAAAGCGCAUAACUGCAGUGAGGUUAGACAAGCUUCUAUCGCAAAAGGCUUCAGCUUUGAAAAUGUUCCUCUGCAAGAAAUGUCAGGCGACCAUCUUCGUGUAUGUCCUCAAGGGAGCACCUGUUGCACCUCCGAAAUGGAGGACCAGUUUGGCCAACGGAGCAAGCUGGAGUUGGAGAACCUGGUCGAUGAAACUAGUCAUGAAUUACGAAGCACCUUUGUCUCCAGACAUAAAAAGUUUGACGAGUUCUUCCUGGAGUUGUUGGAGAACACGGAGAAGUCUUUGAACGAGAUGUUCGUGCGGACCUACGGAAAGCCGUACAUGCAGAACUCGGAGGUGUUCCAGAACCUGUUUGCCGAGCUGAAACGCUACUACACGGGAGGCAACGUGAACCUGGAGGAGAUGCUCAACGACUUCUGGUCGCGGCUGCUGGAGCGCAUGUUCACGCUGCUCAACUCCCAGUAUGUCAUCACUGAGGACUAUCUGGAGUGCAUCAGUAAGUACACGGACCAGCUCAAGCCCUUUGGAGACGUACCCAAGAAGCUCAAGGCUCAGGUUACCAGGGCUUUCAUCGUGGCACGCACUUUCGUCCAGGGCCUCUCGGUCGGUAGAGAGGUGGCCAGCAGGGUGUCCAAGGUGAGCAGCACCCCAGCGUGUAUCCGAGCACUGACCAAGAUGAUGUACUGCCCAUACUGCCAAGCCAUGCCCUCCGUGAAGCCCUGCAACAACUAUUGUCUGAACGUCAUGAAGGGCUGCCUCGCCAACCAGGCCGAUCUGAACCCAGAGUGGAACCAGUACAUCGAUGCCAUGUUGCUGGUGGCACAGAGGCUGGAGGGACCCUUCAACAUUGAGUCUGUCAUGGAGCCCAUUGAUGUGAAGAUUUCAGAGGCCAUCAUGAAUAUGCAAGAUAACAGCGUCCAGCUCUCCUACAAGGUUUUUCAAGGCUGCGGCCAGCCAAAGCCCUCAGGAAUGGGUGGCAGGUCUACCCGGGGCGUUUCGGAUGUGUUCAACGCCCGUUUCAGGCCCUACAGCCCAGAGGAGCGGCCCACCACUGCAGCUGGCACCAGCCUGGACAGACUGAGGAUUGUCUGGAGUGCGAUGCAACACAGUGUGAUUGACAUCAAGGAGAAACUGAAGCUGUUCAAGAAGUUCUGGUCCAACCUGCCUGAGGACAUCUGCAAGCCACACAGGGUGACAGCAGGGAAUGCCACCGAUGAUGACCAGUGUUGGAAUGGGCACACCAAGGGCAGGUAUUUCCCAGAGGUUCUGAAAGACGGAUUGACCAAUCAGGUGAAUAACCCUGAGGUGGGCGUGGACAUCACCAGGCCGGACACGUUCAUUCGCCAGCAGAUCAUGGCUCUGAGAGUGAUGACAAACAAGUUAAAAAAUGCCUACAAUGGCAAUGAUAUCUACUUUCAAGACUCAAGCGACGAGGGCAGUGGCUCGGGCAGUGGCAGCGGCUGCACGGAGGCCUGCGUCACUGAGUUUGACUUUGCCAGCACCGAGGCCCCGGUGGUGGGAGCGGACCGGAGCGGGAGCGGCCCGAUGGAGGACUCAGCAGCAGCCACACACCCUGCCCCCUCAGCAGCCCUGCUGGCCAGCCUGGCCCUCUCAGCCCUGGCACUGCACAGACUAUGGAGAUAAUGCUGGGGGAACUCACCCAACGUGGACAGUAGGAUCUCUCUCUAAGCUGUGUUUUUCUACCCAAACAGACUGGAGCUACAGUCAAGCAGACAGUAUUCAGGCAGCCUUGGCCUUUCGGAUAGAUAGAGGGGGUCUACUCUGCUCUGGAGACAGCAGUCAUGCAUCCUGGUUCCACUUUCCUCCUCCCAAAGAGUGUCUGGUUGUUGAUUCCGUCCUUAGACAGGGCUUCACAUGACUGCCGUCACUCCAAGAUAGAAACAGAUGAUCUCCUGUUAAACAUUGUUCAAGAAUUAAUUUUGUCACAAGGCAGAUGUUAUUAGGUCUCCAUGAGAAAAAGCCCUUGCACUUUUGGUCCUAUUUAAUUAAAAAAAAAAAAUCCAAUGCUUUAGAAGGGUAUUAUGUUUUAUCACUGUGAGUAUGUGGAGAGGUUGCACCUAGAGGUGACCAGGAG